CAAGAGUUUUUCUCAUCACAAAGCUUUUACCUUACAAUCUUGAGAGCUAAAACAUUUUCUUGAAAAAUGGGUUUAUCUGGGAAGAAGGUGGCUCAAGUGGAUAUCAAAUGCAAUGCAGAUGUAUUUCUUGGACUCUUGAGGUACAGGCCAAACAACUUGUCGAAGAUAGCCCCAGAUCAUAUUCUUGGAUGCCAGUUGGUAGAAGGCGAAUGGGGUACAAUCGGAUCCAUAGUUAUCUGGAACUACAAAAUUGAUGGAAAGUUGCUAUCUUCGAAGCAAGUUCUCGAAGCUGCAGAUGAAAAAAACAAAUCCAUCACCUACACGCCGUUAGAAGGAGAUGCCAUGCUGCAGAUUUACAAAAGCUUAAAAGCACACAUUCACUUUAGUGAAAAUGGUGAAAACAACUUUGUGACAUGGACGCUUGAGUAUGAGAAGAUAAAUGAAGACGUCCCUGACCCAGAUGCACUCAUUGAUCUUGCUUACAAAGUUACCAAAGUUGUUGAGCUUCACCUUCUCAAAUAUAGCGACAUAUUUUGUGUUCUCCUUUUGAUGCAAGAAUAUCCAGCUUCGCCUCUUGAAUCUUGCCUCCUUCUCCUAUAUAUCGUGCCUCGCCUUCCUUAUGCUCCCCCGUUCUCUAUAAACCCUACACUCGACUGCCACCACCGCUCAAUCCUACCGUCAUGUCAACCAUUUGUAAGCUGCACCACUUCCGUUGGAUGGUUUACUUCCAGACCUCUCUUCUUCUCCCGUUUGCGAUCACAUAUAAACUUGCAAGAGUUUGGGUUUUUUCUUCUGAAGCAUAGAUGGUGGCCAAGGAUUUGA